CCUUCAGUUCAUUGAAUGAUCAAGAAGUAGUAGAUGGUGAUGACAGCACGUGUCUUAAUCGGUCAAGGAUUCUACAGACGAAGGUGGUUCUCAGGGAGCCAUUCUAUUUCACCUGGCUCAGGGUCAUUGUUGCUGUAAAGGGUAUGUCUGAAUGUACAUAUGUACGCAU